UGUAUUUAACUAAUUUUUUCCUUAUAUAUCCAUCCAAACUCAGAACCCUUGAAUCCUUCGGACUUUCACAAUCAUUUAUUCCGUAUUGAUUUGGAGUUUCUGCGGCCUCCCUCCCUCCCAAUUGACGGCCAAUUCGCCCUUCUUCUUCUUCCUUCCUUCAGUUCAUUCUUCUUCUACCGUACGUUCCUUCCCUACUCGGUAUAUAUUAUCAAACGCAAAUAAUGUCCUGUUUCGUUUAUUCAGAUACGAAACAUAAUCGUAGAUGUUAUUUUAUCGUUUAAGCCUUUUUCGUACGGUCGAAAUUCGAAAUCUGCUAUACUGCGCUGUAGAUCUUCUGUUAGCCCUUCUUUGUCGUUGAUGUAGGAUAUAAGUGAAGUAAGUCAAGAUGACUAUGAACCAAGUGAAGAUAAUAGAGCUGAAUGAAGGAUUGGAAUUUAUGCAAAAGGGAAUUUCAAAGCUUAAGAAGAUCAUGGAAGGGGAAUCCGAGUCUUUUAUCUCUGAAGAGUAUAUUUUGCUGUACACCACCAUCUAUAACAUGUGCACACAGAAACCUCCUCAUGAUUUUUCUCAACAGCUUUAUGAGAAAUACAAGGAAGCAUUUGAUGACUACAUCAAUUCAGUAGUUUUGCCCUCUUUGAGAGAGAAACAUGACGAAUUCAUGCUAAAGGAGCUUGUUAAAAGAUGGGCAAAUCACAAAAUUAUGGUCAGGUGGCUUUCUAGAUUUUUCCACUAUCUUGAUCGAUACUUUAUUACGAGGAGAUCACUUCAUCCUCUUCGCGACGUUGGGCUUAUUUGCUUCCGUGAUCUGGUUUACCAGGAGUUAAAUAUUAAAGCUAGAGAUGCUGUUAUAGCUCUGAUUGAUCAAGAACGUGAGGGCGAGUAUAUUGAUAGAGCAUUACUCAAGAAUGUACUAGACAUUUUUGUUGAAAUUGGAAUGGGACAGAUGGAAUACUACGAGAAUGAUUUUGAAGAUGCCAUGCUCAAGGAUACUGCUUCUUAUUAUUCGCGAAAGGCGUCAAACUGGAUAGUUGAAGACUCUUGUCCAGAUUACAUGUUGAAGGCGGAAGAGUGUUUGAAGAAGGAGAAAGAAAGAGUUUCUCAUUAUCUACAUUCCAGUAGUGAAGCCAAGCUCUUGGAGAAAGUGCAGCAUGAGUUGCUAGUUGUAUACACCAAUCAACUCCUUGAAAAGGAACAUUCUGGUUGCCGUGCACUGCUCAGGGAUGAUAAGUUGCAAGAUUUGUCAAGGAUGUAUAGGCUUUUUCUGAAGAUUCCCAAAGGAUUAGAUUUGGUUGCCAAUAUGUUUAAGCAGCAUGUCACCACUGAAGGCAUGAUGUUGGUGCAACAGGCUGAAGAUGCAGCUCAUAGUAAAGCUGAAAGUGCUACGGGAAGUUCACAGGAGCAGGUUUUUGUUCGGAAAGUGAUCGAGCUUCAUGACAAGUAUAUGUUGUAUGUGACAAAUUGUUUCUUGAACAAUUCUCUCUUUCACAAGGCAUUAAAAGAAGCAUUUGAGGUUUUUUGCAAUAAAGUUGUUGGUGGCUGCUCCAGUGCUGAACUCUUGGCGUCUUAUUGUGAUAAUAUCCUUAAAAAGGGUGGAAGCGAAAAGCUCAGUGAUGAAGAUAUUGAGGAAACAUUGGAUAAGGUUGUCAAGCUUUUGGCAUAUAUCAGCGAUAAGGAUCUUUUUGCUGAGUUUUACAGGAAGAAGCUGUCUCGUCGAUUGCUUUUUGAUAAAAGUGCAAAUGAUGAUCACGAAAGACUUAUCUUAACAAAGUUGAAGCAGCAGUGUGGUGGGCAGUUCACCUCAAAGAUGGAGGGGAUGGUUACGGAUUUGACAUUAGCAAAGGAAAAUCAGAAUCAUUUCCAAGAAUAUCUUAACAAUAACCCAGCUGCUUGUCCUGGAAUUGAUUUGACUGUUACAGUUCUAACAACUGGAUUCUGGCCUAGCUAUAAAUCCUCUGAUUUGAGUCUCCCGGCAGAGAUGGUUAAGUGUGUUGAGGUCUUCAAGGAAUUUUAUCAAACAAAAACUAAACACAGGAAGCUUACUUGGAUUUAUUCUUUGGGAACAUGCAAUGUAAAUGGGAAGUUUGAUGCCAAAACAAUUGAACUGAUUUUGGGAACGUAUCAGGCUGCUGCAUUGUUACUAUUCAAUACCUCAGAUAGACUGAGUUACCAUGAUAUUAAAAGCCAGCUGAAUUUGGCUGAUGAAGACGUGGUCAGGUUGCUGCAGUCUCUUGCAUGUGCCAAGUAUAAUAUUCUGAUCAAGCACCCUAAGAACCGAACAGUUUCUCCGAAUGAUUAUUUUGAGUUCAACUCCAAGUUCACCGACAGAAUGAGAAGAAUCAGGAUUCCUUUGCCUCCUGUGGAUGAAAGGAAAAAGGUGGUGGAGGAUGUUGACAAAGAUAGACGCUAUGCUAUUGAUGCAUGCAUCGUGCGAAUCAUGAAGAGCAGGAAAGUUCUGGCUCAUCAGCAGCUGGUUUUAGAGUGCGUCGAGCAGCUGAGCCGUAUGUUCAAGCCUGAUUUCAAGGCAAUAAAGAAGAGGAUUGAGGACCUAAUAACUCGAGAUUACUUGGAGAGGGACAAAGAGAACCCGAACAUGUUCAAGUACCUGGCCUAAAUAACCGGUUGCCUUCCUUGCCUGACUGCUUGGGUUCUCAUCAUUCGUAGAUAUAUUUGCUUCUAAAGCAGUAUAGUUUCUGUUGUCAUGGUUUUGGCUGUUUAGUUACUCUAGUGCAUUCUGUGUUUUUUGGUCCGACCAAAUUGUGCUGUUAAUAGAUUGGAUGGAUAGAUUGAAGUCAUAUUUGCCUGACCUAGGUAACAUAAUUCUUCUCUAAAAAAAAGUGAUGUUUAAUCCUCGAAUGGGUGCUCGCACUAGCGGUUUAGGUGUGCUUAUGGUGCUCUUCCGUUCCUAUAUAAAAAGAAAAAAACUGACAAAUU